AAAACCGUGGAACCAGCGGAACCAUUUUUAUAUUUCUGUCAUUACAGUAGCUCUACUCAGCGGAAUUGACUUUAGGAAAGCAGUCGAAAAUGCCUUCAAUAAAAGUGUUUAACUUGAUUUACGAUAUAAUUAAUGAACAUGAUACAUUUUCUGAAGGCGACUGUAUAUCUGGAAGAAUUACUUUGGAGUUAAUAAAGGAAACCAAAGUGGAAAGCCUUUUCAUCAAAGUCAAAGGGGACGCUAAUGUCAAUUGGACUGUUGACAGUGAUGACAACACUUACUCUGCUCACAACAGAUAUUUUAAACUGAAGAAAUUAAUGAUUAAUGAAAAUCCUCAAGGCAACAUACUCCCCCCUGGUAUCCAUAUCUAUCCAUUUAGCUUCCAAAUUCCUGAAGGAAGCAUGCCAUCAUCCUUCAAGGGUCCACAUGGCAAGAUAGUGUACAAACUGGAAGCCAAGCUGGUUAGGGGUUGGCUAAAGACACGCGACUUGGUGAAGGAAAUCACCUUUGUCUCCAAGGCUGACUUGAACCAUGUCCUACUAAUGUCUCCUCAGCAUGGUGUGAAGGACAAGUCAAUGGGCUGUCUUACCUCAGGACAUGUCAUCAUGGAUGUCCAUGUUGAAAGGAUGGGUUACAUGGCAGGUGAGAUGGUGAAUAUCUGUGCAAACAUCGAGAACAACUCCUCCCGUGACCUUAAGCCCAAAUUCAGUCUGAAGCAGAAAAUUACUUUCAUGGCUUCUGACUGCACAAAGAUAGAAGAAGAAACCGUCUGCAAAGUGGUCAGGGGGCCUAUCCCGUCCAAAACCCGACAAAGUGUUGCAGGGACAUUGAAGAUACCUGCUGACCAGGACUUGUCCAUCCUGAACUGUAAUAUCAUAACAGUAGAGUACAUACUAAAGGUAUACUUGGAUGUUCCUCUUGCCAAAGACCCUGAAGUCAAGUUUCCAUUGGUUAUUAUCCCUUCCAGCUUUCGGUCUGACCUAUCACCAGGCAGUCCUGUUCUCGGGUUUGAAGAAUUUGGGAAAGGUGGUCCAAGCAACAGUGACUUCCCUUGUGAUACAGCCUUUGGACCAUAUCCUCCUGUCUCGGGUCCAGGAGGAGGCCUAUAUCCGCCUGCCCUGCCAGUGUACCCUGAACCUGCAGCCGUGGGAGGAAGUUAUCCCCCUGACCCACAGCCAACAUACCCAUACCCAACUCACUUGAUGAUGCAUCUACCUCCAACUGCUCCACCAUUUCAUACACCACCGACUGCACCGAUGAUGCUUUCACACCCCUCUCCUCAAGAGAUAGACCAACCCCCAUCGUAUUGUUCCCUCUUUCCUCCAUCUGCACCUGAAACAUCACCCUGAUACACCA